UGUUUAUUUUGUCAUUUUUAUUUUCCACUUUUUUCUUUUUGAAUUUCUGUUGAGCUCAGAUUUUUGGGUGGUUUGGGUUUUUUACAUUUUCAGAUUGGUUGGAUAAAUCCUAAUGGGGAUAACGUUGAAAUCAUGUAGGGGCUUGUUUGUCUAUUCACAACAGCUAAAAUGCUCUUUUUGGUGGCUGUCCGAGCCAUAAAAAUCAUGGGUGUCAUCCUCACCAUCUCAUGGCCUUUCUUCUCUCCCUCUCGCCAGCGCCACACCCAAACACUAAUAGCUCCGGCAAAUCAUUUCCUCUCCCCACUCUCAAACCUCCCACUCUCUUCAACUGCUUCAAGACCAAAAGGGUGUUCAUCUUCAAAACUGUUUCAAUCUGUGUCGUUUAUCUGAUCCCUUUGUGCCCUUCUGCUGUAGCUUCUUCAGAGCCUUUGCCUUCAAAAUCAAAACCAAUCCUUUCGGCCAUCGCGAGCACCAAGUCGUGGUUUCAGUUCUUUGGCGACGGUUUCUCUAUUCGUGUCCCGCCUCAGUUUGAGGACAUUAUGGAGCCAGAAGACUACAAGGCUGGUUUGUCUCUUUAUGGAGAUAAGGCAAAGCCCAAGACUUUUGCAGCACGAUUUGCAUCUCCUGAUGGAUCUGAAGUUUUGAAUGUUGUUAUUCGCCCAUCAAGUCAGCUCAAGAUUACCUUCUUAGAGGCCAAAGAUAUUACUGAUUUAGGUUCCUUAAAGGAGGCGGCAAAAAUAUUUGUUCCAGGUGGGGUAACUCUGUAUGCUGCACAAGCAAUAAAAAUUAAGGAAGAUGAAGGUUUCAGGACUUAUUACUUCUAUGAGUUUGGUAGAGAUGAACAACAUGUUGCACUUGUAGCUGCUGUUAAUAGUGGAAAGGUAUAUAUUGCUGGAGCAACUGCCCCACAGUCUAAAUGGGAUGAUGAUGGCGUCAAGCUUCGAUCUGCUGCUGUUUCUUUGACUGUCCUAUAGUCGUCCAUCAAGAAUUUUUCUUUUUCAGAUAGUUUUCAAUGCGCGGAUGUGGUUUUAAAUGUGACAGAUGAAUAUAGUUUGCAGAUUGCUGCUUAUUCGGUUGAGGGGAAAAUUUGAUUCUUGGUCUCUGUCGUUUUUGGGAUGCCAUUGAGGGUAGCUGAAUUCAUUGAAUUCAGUUUCCAGUAUAAUUUUCAUUCAAUUGUGAGCAAAAUUGGGUGAGCAAUUAAUUAUUAUCUUAUUGGAGAAUAUUUGAGAUCAUCUUUUGUAAUUAACUAAUUAGUUAAUUUUGAGAAAAAUUGUGAUCACUUUUGUAAUUAAUAAAAAGGGGGCUCUUUA